CCUCCAAAAUUUGCAUUGAAUGGCUUCAUAUUUCCUUUUCGACGGGACAACAGGUCAUCCAGGUUAAUCCGUCCUCUCUGUAGAAAGAAAUAAUAAAAUAGUUUAGUGGAAUCGACGGAGUUUGGCCCGAACGUUUUUCAGUUUGACCUGGAAUCAGACUGGUUAGGCUGCCCGGAGAUUUCCCUCAGAAACCCAUGGAUGCUAGCUGAGAUCAAGUAGGCCUGAGAUGACACGCUCAACCUUUAAAAAUGGAUUCCUUACUACCUAGAAUCAAGAGUUGAAUUGUUCCUUUGGCUCAGUCCACAGAUUACGCUUUGAACCCUGUCCAAAGGACGUGUCCCAAGUGUACCAGUCGUCCCACUGCCCAAUCCCGCUUCAUCGGGUUUAACGUCCUCCACGACUCAGACCUUCAUUUUUGACCUAUUCUGUCAAAUUUCCUCUUGGCCGAUCAUGGUUAUUCGACAUUCAAUCAAGGCUUUAAGCCUGACCUUGGGUCGGAGUUGUGAGCCUUUAUGGUGGCGAUCCCCUUGGGUUCCUUCCGCCCGUGGGGUGAGCACGGGCCCCGUCAACGGCCAGGAUGACGACUUAAAGGUCCAGUACUUAGACGGCCCUCAAGCGGGCAUUGUGGUUUUGGGCCUCAAUCGACCCCAAGCCAAAAAUUCCUUCAGUAAAAACCUGGUGCGACUUCUAUCGGAGGCGGUCGAAGCCGUGCGGUUCGACAAGAAUUGCAAGGUGACGAUUGUUUAUAAAUACUUAACUAAUUGUCAUUCCUCUCAUUAUGAAGGAGGAGGUUUGGAAAUGGCAAUAGCCUGUGAUUUACGAGUGGCAGCCGAUUCGGCCAAAAUGGGGCUGGUUGAGACGAAAUUGGCCAUCAUUCCCGGUGCGGGUGGUACGCAACGUUUACCGAGGUUGGUGGGCCCGGCUUUGGCCAAAGAGUUGAUUUUUACGGCCAAAGUUCUGAAUGGUGCGGAUGCGGCCAAAUUUGGCCUGGUCAAUCAUAGUGUGGAGCAGAAUAAAGCCGGCGAUGCGGCCUUUGAAAGAUCCCUAGCCCUGGCCGAACAGAUUAUUCCGAAUGGUCCCGUGGGUGUGCGAAUGGCCAAAGUGGCGAUAAAUAGAGGCAACGAGGUCGAUUUGAGCACGGGUUUAGCCAUUGAGGAAGCUUGUUACGCCCAGGUCAUCCCUACCAAAGACCGAUUAGAAGGUCUAAAAGCUUUUGCAGAGAAAAGGAAGCCCUCUUUCUCCGGUGAAUAACGACAACAACGCUCAUUGUGUUCAGAAACCAUUGUUCAUUCUGCCUCAACAUAACAUAGUAAUAAAUGUAUUUAUACCAUG